CAUCACACUUCUUCUCCACUAACAAAAAAGGAGUCAGCCAGUAGUACUCUCCCAUCUUCAUUUCCCCCAUCUCUUCUUCAUUCAUGGCUUCUGCAAGACAUUUUUAUCUCUUCUUCCUAGUGUUUCUCUUCUCUUCCGUAUCUCUUCAAAUUCAUGCUAGAGAUAGUCAGUUCUUUAGUAAGUUCACUCGCGUCAACAAUGUUGCCGCCGCUGCCAACAACAACAACACCGAUGGCAUAAACAAUAAUGCAGACAAUGUGAAGGAAACUGCUGAGGUUUUGCCAAACAAGGAAACUCCAGUGGCUGAAGCUCCAUCGAAGAGUGAGGAAAUGAAAAUUCCUGCUUCAUCCGAGAAUGAGGAGGAGAAGCCGAGUUUGAGCAAACAAGUCGAAGAGACCAACAAUGGUCAUGGCCUUUAUGGUCAUGGCUCCGGUCAGUUCCCUCCCACCACCACAGAAACCAGUGAUAACGAUGCCGCGUUAGAUUCCAUGACCUACGCUGAGCUUCCAGAUGAAGAGAACUUCAGCGAAGAAUUCGGUACUACUCCUAGUACUGACGCUUCUACUAGUGAUCAGGGUGGUGCUGUCGACCAGAGCAAGUCGACUAAAGACGGUUACCCAUACUACAACAACAAUAACAAUGUCUAUGAGGGUAAGCAAUUCGGUUUGGCCGACGCUCAGUUCGGUACUGGUAAUGUCGAUGAAAAUCACUACCACAACUACAACAACAAACGUAACCAUGAUGAGCAGCAAUUAGAGAAACAGGGCAUGAGCGACACAAGGUUUUUAGAAAAUGGCAAGUACUACUACCAUGUUGGAGCUGCUAAUCCUAAUGUGAACACUCAUAAUGAUGAGUAUUACAAGCACAUUAGUGGCGCUGAAUUUAUCGACCACUCUGCUGUUCGAGAACAAAAUGAAGGUAGUCAUUACGGUGUUGCUGAUAAAAUUGGCAACAACAACAACGUCUAUGAGGGUAAGCAGUUUGGUUUGAGUGACGCGCAGUUCAGCACUGAUAAUGUCAACAACAACCAAAACUACGAGCAGCAAAUAGAGAAACAAGGAAUGAGCGACACAAGGUUUCCAGAAAAUGGCCAGCGAUAUGACGGAGCUGCUGUUAACAACAACAAUUACAAUUACAACAACAAGUACCAGCCCAUAGAGAGACAAGGAAUGAGUGACACAAGGUUCCAAGAACAUGGCAGAUAUUAUAAAGCUGCGUAUUCCAACAUGUACCAACAGGGAGAGAAGCAAGGAAUGAGUGAUACAAGAUUUCUAGCAAAUGGCAAGUAUUACUACCAUGUUGAAGCUGCUAAUCCUAAAGUUGACACGCAUAAUGACGAGUACUCUAAGCACAUUGAUGGCGCUGAAUUCAUCCAACACUCUGCUGUUCACGAACAGAAUGAAGGUAGUCAUUAUGGCACUACAACUGGAUCGUCAUCGUCACCCAUGAGAAUGGAUUCUUCGUGGUUUAGAAACCAAGAGCAGCAACAACGUAACACCAAUGGUGGUUAUUACAACAACAACAAUGGGAAUCCAUUCGACCGUCAGUACUCAAACUCCAACUACAACAACAACGGCAACUCAUUUGAUCGACAGUACUCCAACUCCGAUUCCAACUCCAACUACAACCCGAUGGACAAGAACAAUUUUGAUGAUGACAAUCAGUUGGGGCCUCAAGGAGAAUAUAUUCCCUAAAACUGAUUCAAAAAAAAAAAUGUAGGGCUACAAAUAUUUAAUGAUGAAUCAUAAUACAUAUACACAAGGAUAGAAUUGCAUAUCAAGAUUAAGAUGGGAGGGAGGCAUGGGAUUCUCAUAAUUCGGACAAAUUUUUAUACUAGUUAUUUGUCGUUAGUUCUGUUCUUUAGUUUUUAAUUAAAUAAUAUUUGUAUGUAGCAGCAGCACCACUAUUUAUCACUCAUGGCUAUCAUGUGGUCGAUCAAUCGAUCGAUGAAGAUGUUUAUUGUUUCUUAGCCAGAGAGAGUGAAUUAUAUAAUUUUUACUUGUGUUUAUCAUAUAUAGUUUGUUGCUUCA